GCAGUGCUAUACAUGUAUAUAGACACGGGUCAGUCAGGGUCACUCACCCCCUCAUCGAGUUCAGACAUAUAAGUAAUAUUUAAUCUGGUCAUUUAUAUUAGUUUCAAACAAGACUGUUGUUUGAUGGUCGGUGAAACGAUGUUAUGGUUUAAAUGACACCCAGAGUUGAACAAGGCUCAAUGGGGACCGCACCAUUCUUGCCUGUUCUCUGUUGCCAAUCCUAAUCCUGAUAAAGAGUUGUAAAUAUGGAUGCGGAAGGAGGGACGCAUGUAGGGGGAAAUGAAGGAAAAUUUCCCUCGAGGUUCGUCCCAAGAAGCGCUACAGAUGAAGACGACAGUAUAGAAUCGCCCCAAUUUGAAAAUUCUUUCAAACCAAGCUUCGAAAGGAAUAAUCUUCGAAGCGCGAUCAGAAAUCAGGAGGCGCAAAGUUAUGGCUCAGCUGACGAGUCCUCGUCGUCGGACGACCAGCUACUCAUCCCGAAGAGUGAGCGAGCUCCCUCCAGAGUACAGGGGUUUGAGUCAAGUGAGACAGAGCUGGGGAACGUAGACCACUGUCAUCUACCCAGGACUGACCAGAAAAACUUAUCAACUGCUAGAAAACAACUCAUUGUUGUCUGUGUUUUGAGUGGCAUGUUCAUGAUAGGAGAAAUUGUAGGUGGAAUCUACUCCAACAGUCUUGCACUUCUCACAGAUGCAACACAUUUAGCCAGCGAUUUGGCAAGUUUCAUCAUCAGUUUAUUUGCUCUUUUUGCUACCACAAAAGCCCCCACAGUUCGCAUGACAUUUGGCUACCACAGGGCAGAGGUAGUUGGUGCUCUAGUGAGUGUGUUACUGAUCUGGGUGGCUACAGGAGUGCUGCUGUACUUGGCUGUAGACAGGGUGAUGCACAACCACUAUGAAAUCAUGGGAGAUGACAUGAUCAUCACUGCUGGCUGUGGGGUAGCUUUUAAUAUGAUCAUGGGACUGGUGCUACAUUCAGAGUCUUUUGCAUGCAAAUUCAAUAUAUCAUUUGGUCAUGGUCAUAGUCAUGGAGGUGGUCAUGGUCAUAGUCAUGGAGGUGGUCAUGGUCAUAGUCAUGGAGGUGGUCAUAGUCAUGGUGAUCAUGAUGGUCAUGGUCAGCAGAAAAAGUCAAAGAAAAACCUUGUGAUCCGAGCAGCGUUUAUUCAUAUCCUUGGAGAUCUAAUACAAAGUGUAGGAGUGCUCAUUGCAGCUUAUAUUAUUAGGUAUAAGGUAGUUGGUGCUCUAGUGAGUGUGUUACUGAUCUGGGUGGCUACAGGAGUGCUGCUGUACUUGGCUGUAGACAGGGUGAUGCACAACCACUAUGAAAUCAUGGGAGAUGACAUGAUCAUCACUGCUGGCUGUGGGGUAGCUUUUAAUAUGAUCAUGGGACUGGUGCUACAUUCAGAGUCUUUUGCAUGCAAAUUCAAUAUAUCAGGUGGUCAUGGUCAUAGUCAUGGAGGUGGUCAUGGUCAUAGUCAUGGAGGUGGUCAUAGUCAUGGUGAUCAUGAUGGUCAUGGUCAGCAGAAAAAGUCAAAGAAAAACCUUGUGAUCCGAGCAGCGUUUAUUCAUAUCCUUGGAGAUCUAAUACAAAGUGUAGGAGUGCUCAUUGCAGCUUAUAUUAUUAGGUAUAAGCCAGAAUACAAGAUAGCUGAUCCUAUCUGUACAUUUAUCUUCUCUAUACUAGUAUUAUUUACCACAAUAACAGUGCUACGUGAUGCAUAUUAUUUAAUUAUGGAAGCUGCUCCGAAACAUCUUGACAUCAAGAAGAUCGAGGAAGAUUUGGAGGCCAUUCCCAAUGUCAAGAUGGCACACAGUCUUCAUAUCUGGUCUCUCGCUAUGGACAAACCUGCUGUGACAACACAUCUCGCUGUUGGGCCAGAUGCAGAUCCAUUCAGUGUGUUAAAGCAAGCCACGCGGCUGCUGAGGUCCAAGCAUGGUCUUGUCCACUCCACUGUCCAGGUGGAGCCAUAUGAUGAGGUCAUUAUGCAAUCCUGUGGUCAGUGCCUGGGACCCACCAGGAGACAAAGUCCAAGCAGUCCAAGUGUGUAGUGAUGACCUUUGGAGGAAGUACAUAUCCCAUGUUAUUAAAGAGGGUUUAGAAAACCCCAAACCUGCAAUAUUGAAUUUCUGUGGGAUGUGGGAUUCUCCUGGGAUAUAAAGCUUCCAUGGGAUAUGAGGUUAUUUUGGGUACCACUAUGGUAUAAAACUUUCAGGGUUGAUUAGCAGUGUACGGCCACGUUAUGUUUAACAGCUUAUGUUUAAAAGUUGAAAGCAUUCUCUAUAUUGUGAGAUCCUUUGUGUCUAGUCAUAUUAUAAUUAUUGGCUGUUUUCACUUUCAACUGUAAUGCGUGCCUGUGAAAAUUGCUAGACAACCCAAUAUUGAAUCAAAUGCACAUGGUAUAUGAGAUUACUUAAAAUUUGUUGAUGGAUGAAAUAGUUAGACCACACACUCAUACACACAGCUGAUUUUAAAGCAUUUUUUUGUUCUAAAUGAAAAUUGAUAAAUAGUCAUUAGUCUCACAGAAGAGCAGCAAAUUUGACAUGUCAUUGAAUCAUCAUUGUAAGUAAGAUAAUAUGAGUGUGCUUCACAUUAUGACUUUUUAGACAGACUGGUGUUGGGUACAUAUUACCAGUUUCCCCAGUGUAAUACACUGUCAGCUGUCACUGAAUGAUCCAAGAUAUCAAGAAAAUUUCCCCCUUGCAGAUUUACCCACUUUUGGGUAGCAUAUAGGGAUUAAUCAUCUCAUUUGCUUGGGAAAUAUGGUGGGGGAUGAGGGAAGGUUCUUUCAAUAUACAAGUUCUUCACUGUCCAGGAUAUAAUGAAAAUGUUAAUGUUCAAAAAUGACACUUGUUAAUAAUCAGUACAGUGUAAAUUGGUGACUAAUAUUUGUCAUAAUUUAUCUGGGAUAUCAUGGAGAUAAAAGAAGUUGUUAUCAGUGCGAUUGAGUACUAUCACAAAUUACAAUAGCUUAUUUGUAUUAUGCAGCAUCAGAGAGUAGAGUAUUGAAAUCUGAAAGGUAGGAGUUUCACUAUCCAUUAGCAGUGGAUCUUAUAUUUCCUUUUAACUCUCAAUCUAUUUAGGUACAGCUUUUGUACAUUCACAAGGAUGUGUCUGUCAUGUAUAGUGGCCAUAAAUAAGCCCAAAAGUUCAAAUUUAAAGCCAAAAAUGAAGCAAAGUUCCAUUAAUAUCAUUCCUUGGUAUUAAGUUUAAGUUCGCUUGUUUCUGACUGCAGUCCUUAGUUUUUUUGGUGGUGAAUGUAGAGAAAAUAGGAAAAGGAUAUAAUUCUGUAAUUGAAAGUUACCCAGUUUCUUUACCAACCCUUAGAAAAGGCAACUUUUUAAUCCUAAGGCAUGAGAUGUGGCCCCACGAGGGGUAAAAUCUUAUGGUUAAGGAUGGAUUGAGGAGUGCAACUUUCCAAGAGAUCAUGACAUACGUUGUGUUAUGGCAGUGUAUUUUAGACUGAUAUUCAUACUAAUGAAACCUUGCUGUUGAAGCAAGUUUUCAGGUCCUAGCUUCCUAGUCAGACUUUUACCUCACUAGAGGCAGUGCCAUAAAGAGGCAAAUAAAGUAUGUCUCUGACUCUCUGAAUUAAGAUGGCUUGUCUUUGAAAAAAAUGUUGGUCACUCUUUUGAAUCAAAAUGAAUAUGUAUAAGAGUGAAGAUACAUGUAGGUUUGAUAGGUCAGAACUUACACAUUCACUGUUAAGACUUGCAGCUGAGUUACAUAUACUCACACACUAUGCCUGUAGUACAGGAAUUGAAGGUUAUUCUUCAUAUUUAUUUGUAUAAAAAUACCAAUAUAAUUUUAUGAUAAAAGUGUGGUGCAGUAAUAUAUAUAUAUAUAUAUAAUAGCUUUAUGAUAUCCUAUUGAAAAUAUGUUAAAUAUGAUGAUAUUAUUAAUUCAUGAUUAUAUGUCAAGUCCCAUUUAAAAACCACUUAUUUUAGAUUUUUUUAUUUUGCUGACAUUUUCAAAUUAUAUAUCAGAUGUACUUGGAAUCAGUUUAUUACUUUGCUAAAAGUAAAGGCAGUCAUUUAUUACAUUAUAUACUGACAGACAUAAAUUUCCCUUAAGUUAAUUUCUAUGUCAUACCACUCAAUGUAUUAUCCAGUCAGUAACCUUCAAGUAGGUAGAUAUUUAGGCCUUUGAUUGAAUUCCCAUUACUAAAUGAAUUUAUAAAUCAAUCAAUCAAUAAGUUAAAAGAUAUGAUAUUUAUUGACAUUACCAUGUUUGUUUAUCAAGUUGUGCUUCCAGCUGAUAUACUGUUUUUCCAAAGUUUAUGAAAAAGAAACUAAUUACUUUGUUUAUUGUAUAUUUCAAUGAUAAAACGGUGUGAACAGAUCUGUUUGUUUCAAGUUUUUGUUUUAAACUAUUCAAAUAUACAGAGACAGUUAUUGAGCAGUGUGGGCCAGUUUUGUCCAAUUAUUUUAUGGGCACGAUAUGGCUUAGAAUAUAACAUUAACCUCCAUCCAAAAACAAAUAAAAAAAGUGUUUAGCUUAAUAAAAAAGUAAUAUGUAUCAGUUUAUUCAGAGCUGUAUGUACCUCUUACUGUGAUUAAUCAGAUUUGUUGGCUGUUAUGUGGUGGAUCACUCAUUCUCUGUUCUUUCAGUUUUUUCUCAGCGGAUUAUCUGUAGCUUCACACUGAAUCUCCAUUUAUGCCAGCUUUUAGAGGGUCUGUUUUUGGUCAAAUAAAAAGUAUAUAAUGUAAUAAUAUAAUUUAUCCCAGAGACCAGCACAGACACAGGGAGGCGAU